AUAAACAUGAAUGCAACAUCAUUUUGCAACCCGGGGAAAUCAAAUGCGUUGUUUGUCAGUUAGAACUGGACGCUAGUUAAAGUAGUUAAUACUUACUUUAAAUGUCCCACUUCUUGAAUAAACUUAACUAAACCUAUGUGCGCAAGAUUUUAAAUGACCUCUGCUUGGACAUGAGAGAGCAUGGGCAGCUACAGUGACCCCAGCAGUGACCUAGACGAGGAGUUGCCUGUGUUCGAUUUCCUCAGUCACGGUCGACACCUCAGCCAAACCUCAAAGAGCCACGCAGAGAAGCCUGACUUGGUUGACCUGGAUGAUUCAGAAGAAGAGGACGCAGCCAUCGCCUCCUCAGUGAAGGAUAAUGCAGGCGGAUAUAAGAGAACGACUGAUGUAAUGAUGAUCAGCAGUGAUUCUGAUGACGAUGCACCUUAUGUCCCUCUGGCACAGAGACUCAAACAGAGACGAGACAAUGUGAUUAGUGCCUCCUCUGCUGUCACUAAUGGGAAAGAUGCUGAGCAGUAUUCGCCAUCCGAUCUGGCCCCCUUACAGCUCUCCCGCCAGAACAGGUUUCCAGAGUCGGAGCCCCCACGCAGCUUCUGUCAGGUGAAAACAGUGAGCCAGGGGACCUCUGAUGGGCCAGAGGAGGCAGCGGCUCUCCCUCAGCGACGGCUGCCUCCGAAGCCUUUCUCCACUGUGGGGAGCGCUGACACCUCUCCUGCCAAGAGGAAACCUGCCAAGAGGGCGGUGGAGGAGAUCCAGGCCUCCAGGGAGGAGGCUCGGAGGAGAAGGCAGGCCAGGGAGAGACAGCAGAGGGACAAGGAAGUACUCAGGCUGCAACAAGAGAGAGAGAAAGCAGAGAGGAAAGCUCUGGCAGAGGCUGCCAAGGCCCUGAGGCCUGAGGAGUGUAUCAGGCACAUGGUGGUGGCUGUGGACCCAGCUCUCUUACAGCUGGAGGGAGGUGGGACUCUGCUGGCGUCGGUGCAGGCGCUGGGUUGCAGUUGUGCCAUAGAGAAACAACCCCUCCCUCGCAGUGUCAGCUGGAUGAGGAGGGCUCCCUGUGCACAGCCAGAUGAUGGAGUGUGUGUACCAGAGGCCCAUGUUGUGAUGCAGAUGACAGUCGAUGACUUCAUCACUCUGAUCCACAGCUAUAUUCAGGAGGAGAGGCCCGGCAGGUCAGACUCUGGUCCCACUCUGACGUCGUGGGUGCAGCAGCAGCAGAGGCGUCACCCUGGAAAGAUCCUCAGCCUGGUGGUCGUCGACAUGGAGAAAUACUUCAGAUCCCAGAAGUCACAAAGCCAGAAGAGGUUUCGAGAGGCAGUCGCGAAUGAGGAGCGAGGAGGUGGAAAAGCGAGGAGGAGAGGGAGGAACGGUGGAGCUGAAGCUCUACCUGAGGUGUCACGAGUUGAAGUGGAGGAGGUGGGUUAGCUGGCAGAGGAAUUAAAUGAGAUAGUUUUAUAUUUUUCUAUAUUUAAAGAAACUAUUAAACUGACUUUGUUAAAUUAUUCACUAUGAUACUGAAUCCCUUUAAAUUCCAGUCAUUUUCUCAUUACUAAUGAUGUCAUGUUUUGUUUUUCAUGGGAUUUAAGGACAAAAUCAACAGAUAAUUUCUGAAUAUAAACAUAUAUGGAUUUAAUAUAUUACAGUAUAUGGAGUUUUAAAGAGGUAAAAAUCCUGUGAAGUCUGUGAGUUAAGUCUUAAAGGGGGUUUUCUUUUUUUAAAAAUGAAAGUUAUUUAUUUGUGUUUUCUCCUUUAACAACCAUUUAAUCACAGCAGAUAAUCCAUUAAAAUGUCUAAUAUAUCAUACUCUAUUCAUUUAUUAUUGGAAUAAUUUGUACGGGGAGAAAACC